GAAUCGCCAUCUGGUAACACUAAAACAUCGGUUUAAAUAAAUAUAUAUGUACAUUUACAAUUAUUAUAAAUAACAACACAAUGAGCGGCGAAAAGGCCGAAAAGGCCAAAAUAAGUGCCCAAAUUAAGCAUGUACCGAAGGACGCGCAAGUAAUCAUGUCGAUCUUGAAAGAACUCAACAUCCAGGAGUACGAGCCACGCGUGGUCAACCAGAUGCUGGAGUUCACCUUCCGCUACGUUACCUGUAUUCUGGAUGACGCCAAAGUGUAUGCCAACCAUGCGCGCAAGAAGACCAUCGACAUGGACGACGUCCGUCUGGCCACCGAGAUGACACUAGACAAAAGUUUCACUGGGCCGCCACCGCGUCAUGUUCUGGCCAAGGUUGCAGACGUCCGGAAUGGCAUGCCCCUACCGCCCAUCAAGCCUCACUGUGGUCUCCGCCUGCCGCCAGACCGUUACUGCCUUACGGGGGUCAACUACAAGCUGCGGGCCACCAAUCAGCCCAAGAAGAUGACCAAGUCUGCAGUAGAGGGGCGUCCACUUAAGACUGUUGUCAAGCCUGUGUCCAGUGCCAAUGGCCCUAAGAGAGCCCACUCGGUGGUGGCCAAGCAGCAGGUGGUGACCAUUCCCAAGCCCGUAAUCAAGUUUACGACGAGCACAACAACGAAAACGGUGACCAGCUCCGGUGGAUCGGGUGGAGUCGGUAGUCUGGAUGUAAAGAGCGAGCCCAGCACCGCCAGCGCAGACCUUAAGAUGGAGGUAGACAGCGAUGCUGCAGCAGUUGGCAGCAUCGCCAGCGGAUCUGUAUCGGGAGCGGGAAGUUCCAGCGGGACAGGAGGUUCAUCUAGCGUCGGAGUGGCUGUUAAGCGGGAGCGUGAGGAAGAGGAGUUUGAGUUUGUAGCCAACUAGAAACGAACAGAUUAAUUUUAAUUAUAUUUUCAAAACCACACCUUAA